AUGUCAAUACAUAGAAACUUGUCAAAUAAUAAACAUGGAGAAAUAUUGAUAAGAUUUGAAGUUCAAAGAUCACAGGAAAGGUGCUGGAGAAUGUUGACUCAUCAGAUCCAUAAUCAAUUGCUCUUGAAGAAUGUCAGGGUAGAGGUGGUUUAUGAGGAUAGUCCUGUGUUUGCUGAUGAAGAGGUAUCUGCAAUUGUAAGGUUUAGACACCUUGGUGAGAAACAACAACAACAACAAGAAGAUUCAAAUAAUGGUACAAUUCCUGAAGAUGCUCCAGUACGACAAUCAGAAACUUCUGAUGGUGAUAUCCAACAGCAAGGAGAAUCUAAUGAAGAAAAUGGAUGGUUUGGGAAAAGAGUCUCAAUGCAAUUAUCAAAUGCUGCAAGAUCUCUAUUCCUUGAAGAAGCUGAACAACAAGCUGAACAGAAACCCAAGUUAAGAAAUAAAUCAAUUGAUUUGCUUAUAGGUUAUAUUCAAUUAUCUGGGUUUUUUACUUAUGAUGAAGAAGUUAUUGAUCGUGAAAAAUUAAAAGAUUUUAGAAAUAAAGCUGCUGUGGCAGGUAAAAUUGGUGGAUUAGAAGGUUUAGAAUUAUCCAAAACACAAAAUGAAGGAAUUUUUGGAUCUGUUGCUCAUGGGAUUGGGAAUUUUUUCAAUACAACAACUGAUGAAUUAGAAGCUGAAGCUGAUUCAAAAAAACAAGAAUUAGAAAAAUUAAUUCCAUUUUUUUCAACAUCACAAUCUUUAUUAUUUAGUGAAUUAAAUUUAAAACCUGGUGAUGUUAAAACAUUUUAUUUUAAAUGUAAAUUACCACAUACAUUACCACCAUCAUAUAAUGGAUCUUCAAUUAAGAUUAAUUAUCAUUUUAUCGUUGGUGCUUCAUUAAACAAACAAAUACCCAAACCUUUAAAUAUUCAUUUCCCAUUGAAAAUAUAUCCUAAAUUUGAUGAAGAUGGAUAUCAACCAACUUCAAAUUUAGAUAAAUUUAUUCUUUUACCAUCUGAUAAAUCAUUAAAUGAAAUUGUGGAAUCAUCAAAUGGAAGAAGAUCAAGUUUUAAAUCAAUUAAAAAAAUCAUAUUAACAAAACCAAAAUUAUCACAAUCAAAUAAAAAGGAAAAAUUUUUAAAUAAGAUUGAAAAUUUAAUUGAAAAUGAUGAAAAUUUCAAUCAGGAAUCAGAUUUUAAUUUUGAUGAAUUCCAAAAUCUUAAUAAUAAACAAAUAAUUUCAAAUUUCAUAGAAUUAGUUAAUAAUAAUUCAAAUUCCAUCAUAAAUGAUUCCAAACCAAUCAGUAUAAUAAAAGAAGGUUAUAAUUUUGAAAAACAAAUUUCUAAAAUUCAAUCACAAUUCAUCAUUGCAAGAAAUGGUCAAAGUAUAACAACUCUAACUUUUUCAAAACCUUUUUAUACAAUAGGUGAAGAGAUUAAACUUACAUUAGAUUUACAAAACAAAGAUUUAAAAACAACAGGUGUCUUAAUCUCAUUAGAAAGUAUUGAAUUAAUAAGAGAUUCAUUCUCAGCAGAUAUAGAUUUAACAAAAACUUUACCAAGGAUAAUUCCUCAUCAUAAAGAAUCUUUUUCAACAUUUCAAACAUCUCAUUUACCAAUUUCAAUAAAUAUUCCAUUAUCAUCAACACCACAAUUCAAAACAAAUAUAUUUGAAAUUAAAUGGUGUUUAUCAUUAAAAUUUAUUUUAAGUGAUGAUGAAUUUUUAACAGAAUUACAUAAUGAUGAUACUGGUUCUUUAAAAUUAGGGAAAGAAAAUUUAAGUGGGACUGAUUUUGUUUGUAGGUUACCUAUAACGGUAUUACCAAGUUACAAAGAUUUUGGUGGGAUUAUAGCAUGA